AUGGAUCUGCAGGCACCGUCAGUACUGGCACAAUUGCCUCGUCCACUUCAUGCUGCCACGGGCAAAACCCGUUUCGGCGAUGUCUACAGUCUGGCCGAUGCAAAGAAACGCAAGCGUUAUGAAGUCGCCGUUGCGGUCGAUGGGGAGGCUGUCAACAUCUACAAUGUUCAAACCCCUAAGCUUGUCACCUCGUACGCAGUGCCGCCACAGGCUACCUUCUCUUGUCGGCCGUGCUCCGUCCGCCGGAAGCUCUUGAACCAGUCGGCGGUGAAAAGACAGACGUAUACUGCUGUUAGCAAGCCGGAGCAUCAGAUCAAAUGCUUUGUGGAGGAGACUGGUAGCAGUGGUUCGAUUGCGCCGGCAAUCUCUUCUUCGGCUGCCACGGUGACGGAUUCGAAGAGCCCCACCAUCUUUGUGGGAAUCGUACCCUCUGCUGCAGACGAGGAGAAAGCAGAUCCCUUUGACAUUCUGGCUGUACACAAAGAUGGCCGAGUACGCCGACUAUCGUCCGAUCUCAAGACCCAACGAUGGAGCAUCCAUCACAGUGAGAUAGCAAAAUCUUGCACGACUCAUGAAGUCCACACAUGCUUCGUGAUUGAAUUUGAUGAUGCGAAGAAGGUGUUGUUCAAAAGACGACAGGACUUGGCAACGCUAGCGCUGGGUGAUCUCACCUCUUCUGGGACCGACGGCCCAUCCAUCUUGCUCGUGGUCUCUCACCCUAGCGGGGCGGAGCAAAUCUCGCUGAAGGAUGUCCGCGUGCAAAUGUUCUCUGUCCCAGCAGUCGCUAAAUCUGACACCUUGGGGUUGGAUGAAAGCCAACAGCUGCGUUAUUUGCAGACUGUCAGCAUCCCCGAUCUCAAUGGGUUGCAGACAGCCAACAGCAACAACCUGCAAUGGAGCUUCCAUUCUGGCUCCGCGGGGUUGAACCUGUCGUUCGAGCAUGGAUUUGUCAAUAUUGAUCUAUCUCAAUAUUCCCCGUCUGUGUCGUCGCAAUUCAUCCUUGACGACGAGCACUUUUCCUCGGUUAUGCGCAUUUCUCCCCAGUCUGUGAUCGCCGCCGGCCAGUCUAUUGUGGCUGUAUAUGACACACAGUACCAGUCGGUCCAACGCAGCAUUGCGGCAGGUGAUGUCUUGUCGGGUACUGGGACGACGGGGCAGGGACCCUUGACAUUUAUCAACUUCUUUGCCAAACUUGGAAUUGCCGUUGCUACCAAGGGUAAUACAAUGAUUGCCUUUGAUCUGAACUCCUUCCAAAACACGUCUGGCUCUUCGCUGAAGCGGUCGAGGGAUGGCCUUCUCAUUGACGCAAUCGGAAGAGGCAUUGGUUCUUCCGCCGCCCAGUGGGAUCCAGCUUCCAAGAAGCACAGGUCCGAUAAUCUGGCAUCUCUUCGGCUUACAUCUCCAGAGCAAGUCGAGAAAUGGAAUCAAUUUACGAAAGCGGUGGCCGAUGCGACCGGCUCGAAGGAUACAAAGAAGUUUGACAAGGCGGUCCUCGCAUAUUUCGGCUCUGCCUUGCCGGCAUCGGGCACUUAUGUCAACCCAGAAGCCACGCUUUUCCUUCUGUCGAAGAUAUUCAAUGUGGAGGAUGUACCAGCCACAGCUGGUAUGGAAUCUUUCUCAGCAUCUCGGCUCCGCAUCGCAAUCUGGCCUCCGACCACCUGCGACUGGCUGAUCCGCCUGGGCCAUCUCUCUAUGGACAAUGCCGGGGUUGCUCUGCGCCGAGCUAUCAAGCCUCGCAUUCUCCAGCCACUGCCGAAGGGAUCUUUCAUCCAGGCAUUGCUUGAUUCCGACGCGUCCUUGAAACAAAUUAACCAGGUGCUCGAUGGCCCCGUGCUGCUCACGUCCGACGACCUGGCAUAUUCCCUCAAGGUCUUCCUCAACAAAGCCCAGUCCCACUCGGCCACACUGGAAGACACAGCGCGCGCCCUCACAAACGGCGACCUGUCCACCCCGACGCAAGAGCUCUCCCGACAGCUGGGCGACGAUCCCGCAACCCUGAAAAAUAUCUUCAAGGGCUUGAACACGGCCAUCCAAAAGAUCCACACGCAGCCAUUGUCCACGGUGGUGCAGGCUCUGCGCACCACACUGUCCCGCAUGGAACUCAUGGCCCUGGUUCACCACCUGCGUCUCUCCCUCGCGACAGGCGGCUACACCUCCCGAUUCACCGAGAACCCACCAACCCCCAUAACACACGACCAGAUCACGCCCGCUCUCUCCCUGAACACAAUCAUCGACCUGAUCACCGCCUCCGUCGACGCCAUCGGUCCCUCGGGCUGGAUCUCCGCCCUCCCCACCAGCAGCACAGACGACAUGAUGUCCGACGAAGAAGCCGGCGCCACCGCCAGUCAGGAAAUGGAGCUAAUCGCCGACAUGAAGUCCGAAGUCUCCGCCGCUCUGGCUGGUGUCGAGGAAGCCACUUACUUGAAAGGCAUCCUGCGCGAGUACCUCCGGUUCGCCAACACGGUAGUCGGCACGAGCACAGCCCAGAACUCCAAGGCCCUGACUAACACCGAUGCUGCCGAGAACGCCACCCCGACACCAUCGCAACUCGUCCGCUACGAGCACAUCAACGGCGCUGAGGUGAUGGUAUUCACUGGACCCGGCGACGGCGAAGACGGGCUGGACGGUGAAGCUGGCGGCAAGAUGCUCCCGCUGUCGCUGAAGGCUGCCUCGACGGAGGUCGAGCGCACCAAGGUGAAGAAGUCUACUGGUGAAGUGAAGGCUCGGUCUAGUCGUGAGAUCGGAUAUCUGCGCCGCAAGGCGGUGGGCAAGUACUCAUUUGAGCGGUUGCUUGUCUAA